AUGUUUUCGUGGGCUAGACAAUGCAUUGAUGCCUUCCUGCACACGUUGGAAACACGUGUUCGUGCUCCACUACAACCGGAUGAAACAGGAGGAGCUUUCUCCGACUUGCCUGUUGGAAGUGAAAUGAAUGAGAAUGAGGUAGUGGAGGAUGUGGUGGAGGAAGAGGAAGCAUCGAGAGUUGUGACAGUCGCUGGGCACUUGAUGGUGACGGAAACUGGGUUGAAGUACCUCCUCAUCAUCUUCAACCUGGCGAACCACCCAGAGGACCACCACCACCCCGGUCAAACUAACGCGAACCUUGACCUCGACCUGCUCGACUGGGACCUCCUCUACUACCACAACCAUGGAGAUCACAGGACAGACAAAGGCAACUUCGACACUGCGACAGACUACUGGGUGGGCUCAAACAUGCAAGUGGAGCCGAUUGUGCCCCCGGCUCUGGAUCCGGCAGUUCUGCUACAGCCUGGCCUACCGUCAACAGUUGAGGACCUCAACCAAGCCUUCGAUUGGGGUGAAGACCUGGCCCAUCUCAAGUGGAGGGAUGCCGCAGAAACUUCAGACCUCGCCCGCCUCCACGUCUUCGUCAACAUCGAGCCCGACGACGAUAUCGAGAACGACAUCGUCCUGUACCACCUGCUCAACGUGUUGGAGAAGCUGGUCGUGCAGAUCGAGCUGGACCAGGUGCACCACAAGGAGGUGACGAUUCUGCAGGCGCUCGCCCACGCCAAGAUGUACCAGAUGUACCAGAAAACGGAGUGGAUGUACCGAGAGUCGAAAGUAGUGCCCAUCGUGAACGCAGUCGAAGUAGAGAUGAGUGAAAUGAUGCCGGGAUGA